AUUGAUGCAUUUCAUAACCAACGGUGAAAAUAGAGUCACGCCAGUUGGUCAGUAGCCUUUUCGUCUUCCUGGACCUUUACCUGUCCGUUGAUUUAAGUGGAUAAAUCUUCUGAUCAUCACAGCAACAGCUAAAUAUGACGACGGUACAGCAAACCGUGAUUGUUGCCACACAGCCACAACCACAAAUGAUCACCGAUAGGAAUAUUCUUGGUCCAGUCCAUGGUCAUCGUGAUUGGUCCACAGGCCUCUUCGGUUGCUUCAGCGACUGUGGAUCAUGUUUGAUGACGCUUUGUUGCCUGCCGUCUAUGGAGUGUCAGAACGCCUCCAGACUGGGAGAGUGUUGCUGCUUACCGUACUGCUGUGUAGGGACUAACAUAGCAAUGAGGGCGAGGCUGAGGACGCUUGGAGGAAUACAAGGGAGUAUCUGUAACGAUAUCUGUGUUCUCACCUGCUGCCAGAUGUGUGCUCUCUGUCAGAUGUCACGUGAGCUGGACUAUAUGGGCUUGUAGACAACCAAUCCAGCUUGGCAUGAGACCAACUAGACUUA